AUGCCUCUCCUUGACCAGCUCCACCUACAAGUCACAGCUUACAACACUAGGCACCAAAGAGGAAGAAAGCUUAGUGUUGGAGGGGUGAUCACACCUAUCUUUGUGCAGCUGGAGUCAAUGGACAAGAGAAGGUCUACUCCACCAGGUUGGAUGGACAUCAAGUUUUGCAAGACCAACCUCCUCAUUGAGCACAAGGAGUUGGAUGGGAGUUCCAAUUCAAGUUCACACCCAUUGGCUGGACCCUCCAAGCUUCUCCUGCCCAACCCUGAGCUCACCACAGUCUAG